CUCUUAAUGGGGAAUCACUGGAACCCUUGGGCUCUUGCUCCUGCAGUUCAGGAUUUCAUGAAGCUGGGCAGUAGGGUGACAUGCUGGCUCCUGUUAUGUUAAAACUUCUUUAGUACCUUUCUCAUCACCAGUAAGGCCACACUAAAGGUUAAUUUCUGCCUCCUGGCCACCCCUCCACACCCCUUGCUGAUUGGGGUUGAUUAUGGGUUCUCCUCCCUACAAAGAGAUGUCAGGCCUGGGCAGCCUCUUCUCUUCCUUUAGACCCCACAGUAGCCAGUGUGCCCAAGAAAGCAGCUUCUAGGGCCCCAGGUGAGUUAACCUUGCCUCCCUCUUCAUCCAUAAUCUUCAUCCCUUCCUCCAGUAAGAAAGAAGCAGCUCUCUGGAGCUGUGAGCUGGUUAGCUGGUAAAGUCAAGUAGUCUAGCACUCCCAAGGAAAGGGUUCUGAAAUGUAGACUUCUAGCCUCCCUCAGAGAGAUGGGCUCUCAGCUCAGCUGGGUCAGGGCGCCCUGUUAGUGCAGCAUUCAUACUGCCUGCAGGAGGGCUCUGGGUGGUGGUGCUUCCCAAGGUCAGGGCCCCUGGAGAGCUGUCUGUUGCCCUGUGGGCAUGGCCUGGGGCAACGAGGAGAUGUAGUUCCAGGAGCAGAUGCUGCUGACCUUCCAAGAUGUGGCCCUGCACUUCUUCCAGGCAGAGGGGCAACAUCUGGGCCCCCAGCUGCGAACACUGUACAGGGAUGUGAUGCUGGAGAACUAUGGCAACAUGGUCUCCCUGGGAUUCCCUGUCCCUAAGCCAGAACUGAUUUCCCAGCUAGAGCAAGAGGCAGAGCUGUGGGUCCUGGAUCUUUGGGGAGCUAAGGAACCAGAGGUCUUGAAAAGCCACCAAAAAGGAAAGAAGACCCAGAUCCUCCAAAGCAGCCGUGGUAAAUGUGACACUGCAUUCUGGGACCUGCUUGCCACCAGGAAGGCUGGUCAAGUCAACUUCCAGCCUCCUCCCCCGAAGGAAGAGGACCACAAGAGCUAAGAGGGUUGCCCCCUGGGUUGAGUAGGUGGCUUGGGGCAUGAUUCCGGAAAACCAGCUUACAGCUGCAAAGCAUCAGAGCCACCAGCAUCUUCCGCCAAAGACAGUUCCCACUGUUCAGGCAGGGCGGCCUGUAAGUACCUGACCGGUUCGAUGG